CGUCUUCUUUGACUCCACAAUCGAACUUCCCGGUAUAAAUACUAAUAUCGCCAUUUCUGAAACUUGUAAGCAUUUGAAAGCUUGAAUUUCUUAGAGAACGAAAUGGUGGCACCGAAGAUCUGGAACGCCAUGGAAGCAGCAGAGGAAGCUCGGGAGAACCACGGUAGCUCCGGCAUUCGUUCGUCUUCUCUCACCGUCGACCCCUCUCUCUCUCUUCCCGAUAUGAAGCCUUGCAUCGUAGAGCUGUGCAAGGAUCUGUUCAAGAAUUGGUCGAUAUUAGACGAUUCCCACUUCGCUGUCGAGACAGUUUCCGGCGGCAUCACCAAUCUCUUACUCAAGGUAUCUGUAAGGGAAGAAAGCGGAGACAUUGUGAAUAUUACAGUUAGAUUGUAUGGUCCCUAUACUGAAUUUGUUAUCGAUCGUGAUCGGGAACUGCAGGCCAUUCAAUACCUGUCGGCUGCAGGAUUUGGUGCCAAGUUGCUUGGGAUUUUUGGAAAUGGCAUGGUGCAAUCAUUUAUAAAUGCACGUACACUAACUGCAUCAGACAUGAGAAAGCCGAAGCUAGCUGCUGAAAUUGCGAAGCAGCUUCAUGAAUUUCAUCAAGUGGAAGUUCCUGGUUCCAAAGAACCUCAACUAUGGAAUGACAUCUUUAAGUUUUUCGAAAAAGCAUCCAUUCUUAAGUUUGAUGUUAUUGAGAAGCAGCAGAAGUAUGAGACAAUUUCAUUUAAAGAAAUUCAUACUGAAAUUGUUGAGCUCAAGGAAUUGACAGACCGCCUUAAUGCUCCUGUGGUGUUUGCGCACAAUGACUUACUUUCUGGGAAUUUGAUGCUUAAUGAUGAGGACGAGAAACUUUACUUCAUCGAUUUUGAGUAUGGGUCAUACAAUUACAGAGGUUUUGACAUUGGAAAUCACUUCAAUGAAUAUGCUGGAUAUGAUUGUGAUUACAGCAUGUACCCGAAUAAAGAUAAACAGUAUCAUUUCUUCAGGCAUUAUUUAGAACCUUACAGACCACACCAGGUAUCUGACAAAGAUCUUGAAGCUCUUUACGUGGAGACAUAUACUUACAUGUUAGCUUCGCACUUGUAUUGGGCUCUUUGGGCUCUAAUCCAGGCAAAAAUGUCUCUUAUCGAUUUUGAUUAUCUUGGGUAUUUCUUCCUCCGCUACAAUGAAUACAAGAGGCAGAAGGAGAAGUGCUUCCUGUUGGUGCAAUUAUACCUGUCAGGAUCCGGGACUGGCUGAAAUGUAUCCUUCUAUGCAACACAGCUAAACCUCUGUAUGUUGUGAAAUUGUUGUUGGUAGCAUUUGUGAGGCCUCCAUUUGAUAUGCUUUGUAUUGUAUUCUUUUGUAAACCAUUUAGGAGAAAGAAAUUGAAUAAGAGUGGCUUUGUUGUAAUCUUG